CCGCAGGAGCAAGCAGUCCAAGGAAGACACAUACAAAUACAACAAAAACAAAAAAGGAGCAAGAAAAAACAACAAAAUGGCACAACGGAAGCUGGUGCACAAGCAGUUCAACUCGCCCAUGGGCCUCUAUUCCCAGGAGAACGUGAAGGCCACGUUGAACCGCGAGCUGAAGGCCUUCGGCGCCGAGGGGAUUGAAGUCGACGAACAAAUCACGAAGCCCCUGAACUUGGCCAACUCGGCCGUUCUGCGCGCCGUCGAAGAGGAAGAACAACAAGCCAAAUGUGAUUUUUAUCCUGCCGAAAGACAGAGCCGUCAGCGGCACCGAGGCGAGGGGGAUGCUGCCUCUUUGCAUCAUGCCCUGCACCAGCAAUUGUUGGACCAAAUCAAGACGGACUUCCUUAGCCAUCAGCAGGACAUCACCAUCGAUCGGGACACGGUGCUAAAGAUCAAUCGUCUGGCCACCAAGCGGCAUCUCCUCAAGCGCGAUCACAGCUGGCCGCCAACGGAGCAGGAUGUGGUCUCUAAUCCCGACCAGAGUCACAUUACCUCCUCCUCCGCCUAUCCCUCGCACAGUAUUGAGGCUCUGAGGGAGAAGUUCCAGAAUCCCACAAUGAUUAUAGAGCCCACGGCCAAGCAGGUGAGGGAGCAGCGGCAAAGGGAGGGACGCUCCAAAGAGAGAUCCAAGACGCCGCAAAUUGCAUCAGGUGGAGAUCGUGAGUUGUCCGACAUAUUCCCUCCUUCCACGCCCGUCUCCAAGGGCUUUUCCGCUCCAGAAACCAAGGCAGCAGACGUGGACUUGGGUCUAGUGGCUCCGCGAUGUGAAUACUACGAGCAGCUAGCCCAAAAGCGACCCACAACUCCCAUCCUGCCCAUACCAGCGACACCCUAUCGCCCCCGACCCAAGCGGCAGGCCUACUCCCUGGACCGCUGGCGUUCACGCAAGCGGGCAGUAGGCACAGCUCCAGAACUGCCACCUCCAAAGCCUAGGAAUGCCAAGCCAAAGGUACAGCGUCGAUGCAUCAAGCUGGCCACCGAGGUUAAGAUCUCCUACGGACACGAAGCCGACAGCGAGGAGGAGGCGGCUAUCGCCGCCGGACAUGAGGUGGACUUGGAGGCCGUGCCACUGCCACCGAUCCCAGCUGGCGCGAAUCUCACUCAGGCGAAGACAGCGGGUCGAGCGGUAAUUGACAACCUGGCAAUUAAGCAGAAGCAGCAGAUGGCUCUGGCACUAGCCACCAAUGAGGCCAUCUCGCGUCCCAGUGCUGGCCCAGAGCUGGCCACUCGUAUUGUGCCCGUUCGGGUGGAAGCGUCGCGCGAUCCGGUUCCCAAGUGUCCAAGUGCCCAGCAGAUCUACGACGAGGCCUGCUCGUAUUUGCAGGACCACCAGGAGAUGGAGGAGCGCCAGCCCUCGCCGGCGCCCACCUAUGUGAGUGCCACCAGUGGGAUCAAGCUGCUCCAGCGUCAGCCCAGCACUCCCACUCCUUCCACUCCUACUCCACCGCCACCGCCGCCACCACCACCAGUGAUGCGUCCGAAAUCUGGACCAGAAGCAGAGCUCAAGGUCAAGCAAUCACGCCGACAGGGUGGCAUCUUCAGGCUGGAAACGGAAACGGAGAAGCAGCACGAGGCUCAUGUGGAGAUUGCCCAACUGGAGGCCAAGUAUGCUCACAUUCAGCAGUCUAUAGCGGAGCAUCUGCUCCAGAUUGAUGCCUACAUGGAGAAUGCUAAGCAGGCGCUGCAGAGGAGUGUCCAAAACACUCCUACACCAACUCCUCCACCACCCACUCCACCACCUCCUCCUCCGCCUCCAGCUCAACCUCUGAGACCCAUCAGUUCAGGGAGUAAUGAUUCCUGGGACAUCUUCGCCCACCGACAAUCACCAAUUUUGGCCGUGGAGAGUCCUCUGCAGGCCAUUCUCCGCCAGAUUUACACCCGGGCAGCUGGACUUCCCUCUAGUCUGCCCAAGGAGGUCAAGGAGGAAGCACAGGAGGAGGAGGAGGAGUCCCUCACCGAGAACGUACCCAUUGUGGAGCGGGCUCUGGAGGAUCUGCACAAAAUUGCAGUGGCUUUGGAGCGCAAGGAGGAACCUAAGGCGGAGCAGGAGCACAUGCACGUAGAGCUCCGUACAACGCCAGCUGCCGUUGAAGCCCAACACGUAGUCAUCGAGGACGAGGACACGGAAUAUCGACACGUAUCCGAUGUAAUUGCCAACUAUGAGCAGUUGGCCAAAAAGGAGUUCGAGGAAUGGCAGGAUGAGCAGGUGGCCAAAAAGGAGAAGGAAGCCUGCGAGGUGACACGAAAGACGGAGCUAAGGAAAGCCAUUGAAGAGCAGCUGGUGAAAAAGGGUUUAAGAGAAGCUAACAAGGAUGUAUUAGGAGAAGGAACUAAGAAAGAACUGCUGCCAAUAGUGGUAAAGAAGGAUGGCAAAGAGAAAGAACCGGCCGAAACUGAGUUCCGAGAAAGAAAUAAAGAAGCACAUGACAAAGGCGAGAGUCAAGAAGGAAAAAAGGAUUUAACAUCUAUAACGGAGCUAGGUGAAAGUAAAGAGGAGCUAACCAAAAGCAAAUCCAACCUAGAUCUAUCAAAAGAUAAGGAUCAAGAGCUCCCAGCCUGUGCCCAUGAAGCCUUCUCCUCUAUGUACUGUCCCUGCUGCGAUGAGAUGCGAUGUUCGCCCAACAAUUGGGCCAAACUCAACAAGGCGGAUCAGUGGCGCAUUGCCAAUCUGCAGAACGAACCGCUGGAGAACUACAAGGCCACCUAUGAGAUCCGCAGUCCUUACAUCUCUAGACAAAUCUCCUGGGAGGAUACCCAAACGGCAGCAGAGAAAACUCCAGCCCCCAGCGAAAAGUUGCAGCGUCAGCGCAGUUUUGUGGAAAUUGUAACCACUCCAGCUCCGGACUCUCCGCCGCCAUCGCCACCGCCACCGCCUCCUCCACCACCACUGCCCCAAGCCAGCCUCCGAGAAAAGGAAAUCACCUGGGAGAGAAGUCGUUCGCCCAGUCCUUUGCCCUCUCGCAAGUAUCCUGCUCCCCUCAUAGAAGCACCACAGCGAGCCAGCUCACCUUUUGGCUUAAAUCCUGUUCCGGGAAAAGCUUCUCCUUCGCCCGUGAAUCUUACUCCAAAAUUUUCGCAUGUGCCACAGCUGGAUGGGCACAACAUUGGACUGCUGGUGAAGACCGCCACGGAGCCACUGCAGCAGAGCAUGACGGCAUCCUCCUCUAUGCUAGCAGCCACUCCACCGGCCACGCCUCGUCUAGCGGCCCAGCCCUCGCCCUUCGAAUUCCCCAGUAAGGAUUCGUCAGCGUCAGAGCAGCACAAGUUCAAGUCGCUGGCUUCCUUCGACGAGGUGCAGCGGGAUUUCAAUGUGAAUCGUUCCUUCGACAAUGUAUCGCCACGUCCAUAUCUGGGCAUUGAAGGCUACAAGCGCGUGGCCUGGCCCCCGGCCUCCGAGGAGCGGAUCAUCCGGGAGUUCACCCCGCAGCCGCAGACGCAGAGUCCGGCUCCGGGCUCCGGAGGUUACUAUCCCCAGGCCGGUGCCACCGUCGCUCCGCAACCAGCUGCUGCCCCAGCUCAGGGUCCCAUUUAUAACAACGUCCAGCCACGCCCCACCACCUCCACGAACAACUACUAUCAGCCGCAAAAUGCCCACGUUCCCGAUAGCUAUCCCAGCCAGGAGCAACCGCAUCAUCAGCCCGUGCAGUAUACCCAGGCACAGUUCAAUCGGCAGCGCUCGAGGGAGCCCGUAGCCGCACCCGUGUCGGUGCCGGUACAGGCUCCAGCUCCAGCUCCAGCUCCUGCCUCCGAUUCGAAUGGCUAUGGUCAUUAUCCGCAGGACAGCUAUCCCCAGGAGCCGUCGCACCAGGCGGUUAACAACGGUGGCGGCUGGAAGCAUAUUGGUGCUCCACAGGCCAAGUCGCACAGCGACUAUAACAUUGGAGGAGCAGCUGCCCCAACGGGUGGAGCCUAUCCCCCGUUCCAGCAGCAGCAGCACCACCAGCCGAACUAUCAGCAGCAGCAGCAGCAGCAGUACGGUGCUCCGUCUUACGAUGGCUACCAGCAACAGCCACCCCAGCAGCAGCAGCAACAUCCUGCUCCACAGUGGCAGCAGCAGCAGCAGCAACCUGCUCCUCAAUGGCAGCAGCAGCAGCAGCAGCAACCUGCUCCACAGUGGCAGCAGCCUCAGUCGCAGGCUCAGCCUCAGACUCAGGCUCCCUACCAUCAGCAGCAGCAGCAGCCACAGUGGAACCAGCAACAGCAGCCAUCGUAUCAGACUUCACCGUACCAACAGCAGCAGCAACAACAGCAGCCAUCCUUUUACCCACAGCAAAACGGUGGCUCGACCUAUGCUCAACCUCAAUACAAUUCUUAUUCGCAGCCACAGCAGCAGCUUGGCCAGCUGCCCUACUCGCAGGAUCAGACCGAUCAGCAGCAGCAGCAGCAGCCGGGUGCCUACCGAGGCGCCAGUCCUGGUAUCAUUACCCUGCGCAAGGAGGCACCCGUUAGCCAGCAGCCAGCGCCAGUCUACACUUCGCAGCCUGCCGCCGUCAGCUAUCAGGGAGGCAGCAAAUUGCGCGGAGAUUUGAAAUGGCCCCCACCGGAAUACAAGGAGGCUGCGGCUCGCGAGAACGAGGAGCGUCGCCAGUUGGCAUUGGGCCCCGUCUGCCGUCCCAGGAGAGUUAACCGGGACUACACCACCUUCUUUGCCAAGCAUCAGUUGAACAAUGGCUAUCCCAGCUACAAGGUGCCACCUGGCACUCAGCACAUGUGGGCCUAAGAUGGGCGGCAAGUUGGAGGAAAAACAAUAUUUAUAACAGCAAACAAUUCAAUGGAACCCACUUCAUCAUAAUAAUACUGAAAACGAUCAUGUAUAUGUUACUAAAACGAAUCACUAACGAACCAAUUUAUAUAUACAUAUAUAGGAUAUAUGCAAUUGUUAUACUAAUCCUAAAGAACCACUAACGACGCCAUAUAUAUACAUAUAUUACGAAACGAACCCAUGUUAGGUGAAUGCAAUACUACAAAGCAGGGGUGAUUCCAUCCCAUGAAUCAUCUUUCGCAUUUGUCAUCAUCCGAAUCGGUGAGGGAUUCCGGAUCUAUUGAACUAAGCCCUCCCAUUUGGCAAUGAUGAUGCAAUGCAGGCGAUGACUCGUGGGCAUGGUGGCCACCACAAACGAUAUUCUCUAUGUACCCAUACUAUAUACACAUAUUUGGAGCAUGUGCAUAUAGUAUGGCUAAGAUAGCAGAGCGGAAAAGAAAGCUAUAUACUAAACCAUAUAUAGACUAGAUUCUAAGAUGAUUGUUAAACUGUUAAACUAGCAAAUGAAAUGGAUACGACGAUGCGACCCAAGACGGAAACUGAUAAUGAGAUUGAACCUUGUUCUAGACUUAAGCCGCACUACUAAUCUAAUCUAUUUAUUAUCAGCAUAUUCUACUUACCGCAGAUCCUGGCGAGGCGAUUGUUGAUAGCUCAAGGUCGGCGGGAAGCGGAAGACGUCCCAAGACUAAUUGUAAAUUGUUAAUCGAUCGACCUUUGGAGCUGCCCGCCCAGGAUUCUCAAUGUUUUUAUUGUUUGAGUUUGCAUGCUUUUUGCUUAUAUCUAUUCUAUAUGCACAUGUAUAUAUAUAUUUUCACAUAUAUAUAUAUACUACGAUAUUGUUAAAACGAGCAAAUUAUAAAAAUCUGUCAAUGAACCCGUAAUUAAGUUAGUUAUACAACAGAUCUGAUCGAGAUCUGUAAGUUCCAAUUGCCAAUCACAUGCAAGGAUAGGAAAAAAGAAAGGGCCGCCCCCAAUGUUCCCCAUCCAACCCCUCAAGGUCGGCUUCUCAGUCCGCUAGCUACGCUGGCUUGCCAGUGCCCCCCUUAGUACAAGUGCCCUUCCUUUAAGAUCCACGGAUGAUGCACUUGGGGCCAGAGCAAGCCACCACUGGCAAUAAUAUGAGGAUGCCUUUGCCUGCUGUACGCGGAGCCGCGGACUUAGUGCCUGCCUUGGAGGCUGGACGACGGGAAUGUGUGUUAGGCGGCCACAAAACUCCCAGACUUUACCAAUUCACUAUGACCAGCAAUGUCUAAAAGAACAACCCCCUAACUUACACACUACGAUGUAUAACUAAUAUGAAAAGAGGAAUCUAAAUAAACGGCAAGUUUUGAAUACUCGCGACGAGAAGAACUAC